CUGUCGCCUACUUCCUGAUUUGAUCUGUCGAUUGACGUGUUUCACUUUGAAGUAGGCUGUGAAUUAACACGGGCCGACGUUGGAACUUCUCUUGAACAUGUCUCUUUAUUACUGAGUGAUAAAACUCUUUACUCUUUGUUUAUUUCAUCCGCCAUGGGUUUCAUUUCUGGUAUUGGACAGACGAAAUUUUCAGCGUUGUUUUUGUCGAAUGUCAGUCGGGGAUUCAGUUUAUUUUGUUUACUUGUCAUUAUUUCGUGUCAGCAUACUAAGUGCACCUAUUUGAAUCAAAUAGCCGUCCAUAUAGAAGGGGGAAGUCAUAUAGCAGACAGAAUAGCUACAAAACAUGGAUAUACAAAUAUGGGACAGAUAGGAGAUUUAAAAGACCAUUAUUUAUUUCACCAUCCCCGCAUUAGUAAAAGAUCUGCAAAUCCAAGCCUGGAGCACCAUCAACAGUUAUCGAAGGAACCCGAGAUCCGCUGGUUUGAACAACAGAGAGCAAAGAGCAGGGUGAAGAGAGAUUUCAAUGACUUCAAUAACUUUAAUGACCGCCUGUGGAGAUCGCAGUGGUAUCUGAAUGGAGGAGGCCACAGGGGAAACAGUGGUUACUACGAUAUGUCAGUCAAGGGGGCGUGGCAGAUGGGGUACACAGGAAAGGGGGUGGUAGUCAGUAUCCUUGAUGACGGGAUUGAGCGCACCCAUGAUGACCUGAAGGAGAAUUAUGAUCCAUACGCAAGUUACGAUGUCAACAACCAUGACCCAGAUCCGAUUCCUCGAUACGACCCGUCCAACGAAAAUAGACAUGGAACACGUUGUGCUGGGGAGGUAGCAGCAAAAGCCAACAAUAACAAAUGUGUGGUGGGGGCAGCUUACAACUCCAGGAUAGGGGGUGUUCGUAUGUUAGACGGAGAUGUGUCCGAUGCAGUGGAGGCUGCCUCCCUAAGCUUUAACAGAACCCACAUUGACAUCUACUCGGCCUCCUGGGGGCCAGAUGAUGACGGUCGGGUGGUGGACGGGCCGGGCCCCCUGGCCAAGAAAGCCUUCAUCACCGGCAUAGAACAAGGUCGAGGCGGGAAGGGUAACAUCUUUGUGUGGGCCUCAGGUAAUGGAGGCAGUGCCUUUGACAGCUGUAACUGUGAUGGAUACACCAACAGUAUCUAUACCCUGUCCAUCAGCAGUACGUCGGAGCACGGCCGUAAACCGUGGUACCUGGAGGAGUGCUCCUCCACCCUCGCCACCACAUACAGCAGCGGCGCCUACAACGAAAAACAAAUCAUAUCAACAGAUCUCCACAACCAGUGCACCAGUAGCCACACGGGGACCUCCGCCUCUGCACCACUAGCAGCGGGGCUAGUGGCCCUGCUCCUAGAGGCCAAUCCAUCCUUGACCUGGAGAGAUGUUCAGUAUAUAACCUUGUUGACCUCUAACCCUGAACCAAUGGAGGACGGAAUGUGGACUACUAAUGGCAAAAACAGGAAAGUGAGCUUAAGGUAUGGUUACGGACUGAUGAAUGCUACAGCUAUGGUAGACUAUGGACUACGAUGGACCAAUCUUCCACCAAAACACAUCUGUACAAUUCUGAAUGGGGACAAUAAUGUAAAUUUGAUGGGGACACCAUAUUCAAGCUCAGUCAAUACUGAUGGGUGCCAAGGCACAGCAAAUGAGGUCAAUUACCUAGAACACGUCCAAGCCAAGUUAACCCUGACAUACUAUCGCCGUGGUAACCUGGUCAUCCACCUGACCUCACCCAGUGGCACCAGAUCAACCUUACUCCCUAAGCGGCCCUCGGACAUGAACAAAGGGGGCUUCAACCAGUGGGCUUUUCUGUCGGUCCACUUUUGGGAGGAGAAUCCCAGGGGGACCUGGAAAUUGGAGAUCGAGGAUCAGCACCCAGCCUCUAGCUGGCCGAGACCCCCCAAUGGGGCCAAAGGAACGCUUGUAUCCUGGUCACUGAUUCUGCAUGGAACAAAGGACUAUCCGAUCCGGCUGAAGCAGUCGGAUUCUAAUACUCAACCGGAGGUGACGGAAACACCAGUCUUCACAGGAACUACACUCCCCCCUAAAUGUGACGAUGAGUGUGCAGACACGUGUUCAGGAAGUCGGCCGGAGGAUUGCAGACUCUGUAAAAAUCUACGGAUGGGGGACGCUGGUGCUUGUGUGAAGGAGUGUCCCCAUGGAACCAUGGAGUUCCAGAGGAAGUGUCUUCCAUGCGACCCCAAGUGUCAGAACUGUACAUCUAAGUAUGGCUAUCGCUCUCACUGUUACGCAUGCCGGGACGGGUACUUCCUGUUACCGGAAGAAGGAAAAUGUUCAGUGGAAUGUCCUGAAGGAUAUUUCUUAGAGAGUUCAGGUCAUAGAAUCUGCCAGAAGUGUAACAACAUGUGUGAGACAUGCGAGGAGAAUCAGGACAAGUGUUCCAGCUGUCCCAAGACCCUGACCCUCCUGUCCAACAAGUGCUACCUCCCCGAGAACGUCUGCUCCAAGGGUUACUACAGGUUCAGGAAGCAGUGUGUCAAGUGUGACGAGAACUGCCUACAGUGUCAGGACAAUGACAAAUGUGUUCUCUGUGAUCCAGGAAGCUAUUUUCAUAAUGGUAAAUGUCUCCCAAACUGUCCCAAUGGAUUUUUACCAUAUGUUGUUAAGAUGGACCAAUCAACAUCUCAUACAGAGUGCCACGCCUGUCAACACGGGAACUGUAACAACUGCAUCGGUGACUUUUUGAAGCGAGAGGGCACCUGCCAUCAGCAGAGCUCUUGCUUCAGAGAACAGUAUUAUGAUUUCAUCAAUAUGGAGUGCCGAAAUUGUCAUUACCGAUGCAAGACGUGUUACGGGCCUGGAUCACAUGAAUGUUUGUCCUGUGAGCCGCCGUAUGCCUAUCACUCUUAUCUACAAACCUGUGUUAUGUGCUGUAAAGACAACGAAAAGGAGGGGUCAUGCUGCAAGUGUGAUGGUCACGGCAUGUGCAUUCUACCCCAGACCAAAUCAGCAAUGGCGCUACAGUCGGGGAUGCUGGUGACCGUGCUAGUGGGUCUAUGCUCCGUUCUCAUUGUCCUCGUUGUGUUGGUCGUCGUUUACAUGGUCCUCAAAAAAUCGAGCUGGUGGUCUAGAGGAAAUGAGAGUGAGAAAGGCAUACAUUACAGUCCAUUGCUGCAGGAGGACCUUUAGAUGAGGCAGGCAAUCUCUAAGAGUCCUCAGGUAAACGAUAAUCAUCAGCGGAUUAACGAGAGAGAGAAAGGGCAGCACAUUCCAGUUGUACUCAUGUAGUACAAACAUGCGCAGUCUCCAUUAUUAAUACCACUCUUAAUGAUCACUGAGGAUCACAACAUCCAAACCAAGGGAGAGAACUCCUUAUGAUCUAGAUUUGAGUUGUUAUAUGCAAUGUUAUGUUCAUCUUCAUCUGUUUUUCCCUUCAUUCUUCUUUCUAUCAUGUUCUACAAAUUAUUUUGAUAGAUAAUUGUUAUCAUGUUUCAAACACGUGUGUGUGCUGGUCACCGACCAAUUCAUUUACAGAUUCUUGUGAGUUUUAUGACGUGUACAGAGUAGGCUGGACUACUUGUGAUUACUGUUGAGUUUUAGAAUGGAAUUAUUUUAGAUUGGUUACACUGGCUUGCUUUAACAGUUCUGAGAUUGUUCUUGAUUUAUUAAAAAUAUUGUCAAAAGGAAGAUGUAGACUUAAUACAGUGGGAUAGAAAUACAUGUGAUGUACAUAUAGCACAUAGUUCUUCCUCUUAAUUCCUCCCUCUGUCUUUGUAACUGACCCUGAUUACCUUUUUCAGCCCCUCAGGAGUUACCCUUUAACAGAUUUUGUAUCCACCUGGACAGUAUUGAUAAAAUUGCAAGAAAUAUGUUAACAUUUAAUAUUUGGUUUUCUAAGCUUGAUCACCAGCGUAGUUUUUGUGUGAAGUACAACUAGAUUAUGUUUGACCCCUCUCCACCGUAAAGCUUUUAGUUUACAUUACGGGGUCAUUGUCUGCUGACCUGAAAUACACAUGCUCAAGCUCCGCAAGGUGAUAUGUAUAUUUUUUUACACUGUCGAAAGACGCUAAUGUUUGUGCUGAACUGACAUCACCGUUGGCAAUUAAUUGGACUAAAUUGAUGUUUAAAGAAAAAAAGGAUGAAACAGAUGCUAACUAGAAAGUUACAAUCAAUUUAGUCCAAGAUUUGUUAUGGACUAUAUAUCUGUGAUACCUGUGUUUAUAAAGAUUAAGAAAUUUAAGUUUGUUUAUGAAUUUGUAUUAUGUUGAUGAGUUCAAAACAGCGUGUCUUUCCGUAUGAAGACUAAUUAGGGUAGGCAUCAUCAUGCAUGCACAUGUAUUAAACAAAUAAAUUUGGUUAUAUAUGAAUGCAUAAACUGUAUAUGAUUGUUUUAUAAAAUGCUGAUUUUGUAAUAUAAAUUUGGUAUUUUUUUGAAAGGAAACUAUUUAGGAGUGAACAAAAAUUAAUGGUAACUGAAUAGUUACAGAGUUAGGCCAUAGCCAGAUUUAUUGAGUGUUGAUAUUUUUCAAGCAUACAUGUAUAAUAUAUGUGAAGUUUUUUGCUGUCAUAGAAAAAUGAAUUGAUUUAUCAUAGAGUUUUUAUGUGAAGUUUAAUACGUGUAUUAAUAAUGACAUUUAUUGUUUUUCUCAUUUCUCAGUUAUUAUUUUUCAUCACUGCAUGUUUUUAUCACCAUGUAUCUUGCAAAAAAGGGGAUAUCAAACGUUUGAAGCCAUUUGAUCCCCAAUAUUUUUGUCAUUAGAAUGUUUUGUUGAUGAAAUGUUUCAUUUUAAAACUAGAAUUUGACAUUCAUAUUAAUUUGUUUGCAUGGAGAUUGAAUGUUAGAAUGCAUGAAUGAAAAAACAAUAACUUAUGUAGAGCAUGCCAUUAAUUUCCAGAGAUAUGCAUUUUGUUUAAAGAAAAAAGGGGAAGUACAUGUACAAAUGUAUUAGUAUUUGGUGACAGAAAAGUUAUCCUGUAAAUGAUACAUCGAAGAAGUUUCUGCAUAAUAUAGGGCAGUGAAAACUCAUUUGAAAGUAGGUCAGACAUUGGAUGUGUAAAAAUUCAAAGGAAAUUUUACAGUGAAAGAUAUUUGUUGGUUAAUGAUUUAUAAUUUCAUGCCUUAAGAAGGAAGAACAAAUACAGUUUAAAUAUUUUAACUGUUUUGCUUUUUAUCUGGGAUUCUUAAUAUCUAAUUGGCAUUCAUAUUAUGUAUUUCCUGGGGUAAAUCAGUUAAACUUGUGUGCACAAUAACACAGUUAUUAAUGAUGAGAUUAUUUAGGGAACCCUGCCUCUUUUUUUUCUGACCUUUGGCUGUGAUUUUCCUUUUCAGCCAGGUGUCUGGUUAGAAGGCGGAUAUUUUUAGCAACUCCCUGGCAUUACCUCUACCCAGGAUACCCCAACUGAUCUCAAACCGAGGCUUAAUACUGUUCUUGUCUGGUCUAGAACUUCUUUGCUGUAACAUUUUUUAACACAAUGCCAUUGUAGUAUUUGCAUUUCAUAAUAAGUUUGUAAUUCUUAAUUUGUAUGAUUUAUUUUGCAAGUUUUCUCAGUUUAUUCAGCAUGAUGUUGAACUUUCAUGUAGUUCGAAAAUCGGGUAAGAAAUGCAUCUGGACUUUUUUUUUCAGACACGCAGAAUUUGUACAUUCUUCAAUAAUUUUCCAUUUUGGUUUAGACUCUCUAUUGGCAUUUGCUUGUGUGUGUGCGGAAGUUUAUAUAGAGUGCUAGAGUGUUAUUUAGAGAAAUCCAUUUUGUUCAUUUUUUUGUGUGCCAAUUUGCAUGGACGUUGCUGCAGAAUUUAUGAAACAAAAUUUCAGAGAAAGAAAGAAAAUGCAGAAUAGAACUUAAACCAGUAAAAACUUCAGGAAAUAAAUGGAGUUGUCUUUCUUGAUUUUUUAAUGCUUUUCAAAUAAAAUAUUUUUUGGCAUAAAUUGUUUAUUAUGUCAUUAUAAGUCUCCAGGGUCUGUCUAAAGACCUUUUACACAUUUAACUCCAACUGUUGAUGUUUGUUGAGAAUUUUUUUUCUUAUAUUUUGAUGUUGUACUUGAACGGCUUCUUCUUUGACACAUUUGUUCAUGCAUGUUUUUAAACAUGAAUAUUAUGUAUACGAGUUACAAAAUGGAAUAAACACAAAGCAGUG